AUCUGUGAGUGCGUCUGCAGCAAUGAUAACUACAUUUGCCUGCUAUAAUUUGACGGUGAAAUUGGGUAAUGCUUGUUUUUUUUUCCUUUUAAAGUAUUACCCGUGUAUGUCGUUUGCUGUUCCAUAAUUAAGAGACGUGAAGGGGUUGUAAAUAUUUCAUUACACAUAUAGUAUAGCAUUGCAUCAGAGCAGACAGAUGCUAGUGCAUCUUCAAGAUCGCAGAUCGAGCUGAGGAAAGCCAAAUAACAAGUAAGGGAAACUACGCUACUCUGCAAAAAUGAACUUAAGCUUUCUUUGUGAGGUAUUAUCAACAGUUUAUGACAAGGAGGACUCUAUUCUCCAGCAGUUGUGGGACCACUUGCGGCUCUAUCACUCUGACACCAUGAGGUCCCCUCUCUUCCCUGUGGUGCUGACCGUGUUAUCAUAUCAUAUAGUCUGUGACAUAAUGGGUGAUAGGCGGCCGGCAGUCCAGCGCUUCAAGAUCCAGCCAGGUAAAAGGCCCACUCUUGCCAUGCUGCUCCACUGUGCAGGGGUCACCCUACGGAAUCACCUGCUCCUGGUUUUCCCAGCAUCUGUGGCUCAGUGGGCAUGGCGACCGCCCGUUCCCAUACCUGAACGGGCCCCCACCUUGUUGGAGCUUGCUGGUGGUGUGACUGGAAACCUCCUACUCUUUGACUUUCAGUACUUUAUUUGGCAUUUACUCCACUACAAGAUCCGCUGGCUGUAUGUCACCUUCCAUGCCAUCCAUCACAACUACAUGGCCCCCUUUGCCCUGGCUACACAGUGCCUGGGAGGUUGGGAGCUGGUCACUGUAGGCCUCUGGACCACCCUGAAUCCAGUACUGCUGAGAUGUCACCUGCUCACAACUUGGGUGUUUAUGGUGGUUCCUGUGUAUGUUUCAGUGGAGGACCAUUGUGGCUAUGACUUCCCCUGGUCCACAUCGCGUCUUUUUCCAUUUGGGUUCUACGGUGGACCAAGCAAGCAUGAUGUCCACCAUCAGAAACCCAGCACCAACUUUGCACCCCACUUUAGCCACUGGGAUCAAAUAUUUGGAACUCAUGCUGACUUUAGCUUUUAAAAAGCUUGCUCUUAAUCAGAAGAAGUAAAAGAUUGCAAUAACUAUAAGUGAUUGUUAUAUUCAGAGAAUCAGAGUUUAUAUUCAAAUGUAACAAAUUCCCAUUUUGCAGGUGUUUUAAUGAUAUGUAUGCAUCAUAAAUGAAAUGCUGUUAUAGCUACAAGUGGAUCUUUUGGGGAAAUGUGUUGCUUUUGUAGCUGUCCUAAUGUAUUUGCAAUAAUAUAUACAGUGUUCAGUUAUGUCGCACAUUAUGUAAAUAAGGCUACCUUAAAGCUAAGUACUUGGCGUUGGCUGAAUUCUAUCUCUUGCAUCCUCUGCCAGACUUGCCUUUUAUUGUCGCUUCCAUAAUUGACCACUGCCAUUUUGAGCCCACUGGUUGUUAACUGUAUUAAUUAUAUGACAAUUAGAGUCACUUUUGUACUGUUCGCUUACAACAUUGUCUGGCAGGCUAUAGUCACUUCGAGCCAUUUGUGUCUGGAGUUUUAUGACGCAACUGUAAAAUACUGUACAAAGAAUUGACUUUUUUCUCGAAAGAGGUACUGGCCACUAGAUGUCAGCAGCGACUAACACCAUAUGUGUAAUUCGUGUAGAUAUGAUCAGAUUUAUCAAUGUAAUUCUUUACACAAUCGACUCUGUCAAUGCUUAUUAAAAUAUUUGUAAAAUGUGCCUUUGAUCAGAAUUGUAUAAUAUGUAUAUAGACCCUCACAGGCUUUAUGGAUUUCAAAGACCUUGCAACAAAAAGUGCAUCACUAUUAUCCACAGGCACA